UUUAAGGCAUCAGGCUGUGCCGACACUAAGAAAAAAAAUGCGUGAAAGACGCGAACGAGAACGAGAGCGGGAGAGAGAUCGCGACCGGGAUCGGGAUCGGGAGCGAGAUAGAAACCGUGAUAGAGAUCGAGAACGGGAUAAGGAACGGGAACGUUACCGUUCCAAAUCAAAAUCUCCCUCACGUAGCAGCAGGAACAGAUCAAAGUCAAAGAAAAAGAAGUCUAAGAAAUCCAAAAAGUAUUAUCGACGUAGCCGCAGUACUAGCCGAAGCUCAUCUCGUAGCACAACACCGCAGAGUUCCCGAAGCAGCUCAAGAAGCCGACAGAGCAAAAGCAGGGACGUCGAUUCUCGAAAAUCGAAAUCCCGGUCCGUAUCACAACGCACAACAAGAGCGCCCAGUGCCGACAGCACAUCGCGCCAGGCCACCACAUCCACUGUCGCGCCCAUGAAAGCCAUUGACUUGCUGGAUGCAAAAGUGCAAAAGGCUCUGGAAACCAUUGAUGAGGAUGCCUUUAAGCCGGCUGCAUUCUUCAGCACACGGGACCGUGAGGCGCAAGAUGACAAAGUAAUAAUUGAUUUAAAUAGGGAAACAGUUUCCAUAACCAAGCCUAUUGAUGUUGUUCAAUCAAAAGAAGAUGAUAUAUUUCAUCCAAACUUUUUAGCCGAUUCUGACCUAAAGGCCGAUAAAUGGCUCCGCAAACUCUACAAUUAUCGUCAAAAGUACAUACAGCAAUAGAAACCCAACAUAUUUAACAAAUAAUAAACCUUAUAGGCAUAUGUGUGCAUGUUUAAAAAAUAUCACUGCCCGUUUUACGCGCACGCUGCAGAGCUAUCUCUGGCGUUAGCUGUUCGUCGGGUGAAGGUUCCGUCGCGCUGCCAUCGGCCUGCAGUUUGCCAGCCUUGAAGUCCUCUAUAAUCUUUUGCGAAUAGACGGCGUUGAAGAGAUCCAAACUAGUAAAUUCCGAUUGUAUUACUUCGGGAGCUUUGUAGGACACAUAAGGCUUCAAUUUACAGCCGGUUAAAUCUGGCACUAUAAUGUCGGGUAUUUUCUCUGGUAUUUCCACAAAUUGGCCAUUAACUGUUAUGCCUGUAUCACGAACUCCUCGUUUGUGUAUGGCCACCGGCGGAUUUGCUAGCGUCCGCUGCGCUUCCUUCACCACACGUGUUCCACGCUUGCCGUAUACAUUAAAUUUACGAAAGUUUCGCUUUCCAGCCAUUGGUGCAGUUGUGCUAAUAGCUCGCAGAUUGCACUUUAGUGCAAGCGGCAAAAGUUUCAUACAAUUUUGCAUUGUUUUUUGUUAACGGGGCUGGUUGAAUAACAAAUUAAUCAAGCAUCAGCAGCAGCUGUGGGUUUAAGAACUGCCAACCUGCUUGUAAAUCUUUCAAAACAUUGGCAGCGCUUUACAACUGGGAAUCGAUACCUCCUCACAAAUUGCUAUGAAUUAUGACCUAAUUUUAAUACUAAUUCACUCUUAAUUUAAUUUACAAUAUAAAGACAAAAUAGUGUAUGUUGAAAAUUUAUAGCAUCUUUAUCUGAAGCUGAAUUAAUACGGUCAAUAAACGUGAACUGAUUUUUAUCAAUGAUUCAAUUGAAAUUGAUAAUUGAAUAUAAACCAUAAUCUGUAUAGGAUUCAAAAUGUUUAAUUAACACUUUUAAAACAGUCUGGCAGCGCAAAAACGUAGUAUCGAUACUUUCACAAAAGCAGCUUUUGACCAGGCAUAGUUGCGAAAUAAAUAUUAAGUCGCAGCUUUUUACAUAUUUCAUAUAAAUUGAAAUGACAGCAUUGGCUAUUUAAGCACAAGCUAACGGCACUUUUGGUUAAGUAUAAUUCACACACAGGACAAGAAAAUAGUGUAACGCUCUCAUACAAAAAAAUGGCGUCAGAAG